AAGAAAGAAAGAAAGAAAGAAAGAAAGAAAGAAAGAAAGAAAAGAAAGCGAAGGGUAGCUAUCAUGGGUGAUUAGUUUAAAGGAGAGCCUCUGCUACGUUAUAGGGGUUGAAGUGAUAGAGAAGGCACACUUCCUCAAUCUCUAUAGAAACAGAGUAGAUUCUCUGUUUUUUUUUUUUCUUUCUUUAUUUUUUCAAUCUAUUGAUGAUUCAAUAGCAUAGCUCCUGAUUUUAUUGGGAGAUUCUUCUGUUUCAACUGCUGCAUUUUCCGAUGGAUCGUAAGAGUUGGCCAUGGAAGAAGAAAUCCUCCGAGAAAUCUGUUACAGUCACCGAAGCUCUUGACCAACACCAGGAAAAUGGGAAGAAGCCGAGCUACAUCCAGAUCUCAUUUGAUCAGUACUCACAUUUCAACGCUUUGAAAGACGAAGUUCACAAGUACGAAGGACAAGUUACAAACCUAGAAGAUCAGAUCAAGGAUCUGGACUCCAAGCUAUCCACAGCUAAUGCAGAGAUCGCAGCCAAGGAGGUUCUCGUCAAACAGCACUCCAAAGUCGCUGAAGAAGCCGUCACAGGCUGGGAGAAAGCUGAAGCAGAAGCUUCCGCUUUGAAAACGCAUCUCGAAACCGUUACGCUCGCCAAGCUCACGGUUGAAGACAGAGCCGCGCAUCUAGACGGAGCGCUCAAGGAGUGUAUGAGACAGAUAAGGAGUUUAAAAGAAGAGAACGAACAGAAGCUGCAUGAUGUUAUCUCGACUAAGACCAACCAAAUGGACAAGCUCAGAGACGAGUUCGAGUCCAAGAUCGGCGAGUUCGAGCAAGAGCUCCUCCGUUCCGCAGCCGAGAACGACGCGCUCUCCAGGUCCUUGCAGGAGCGUUCUAACAUGCUUAUGAGGAUAAGCGAGGAGAAGUCUCAAGCGGAGGCCGAGAUUGAGCAUCUCAAGAACAGUAUAGAGUCUUGCGAGAGGGAGAUCAACACUCUCAAGUACGAGACCCAUGUGAUCACCAAGGAGCUUGAGAUCCGCAACGAGGAGAAGAACAUGAGCAUGAGGUCAGCAGAAGCGGCUAACAAGCAGCAUUUGGAAGGCGUCAAGAAGAUUGCGAAGCUGGAAGCUGAGUGCCAGAGGCUAAGGACUCUUGUGAGGAAGAAGCUUCCAGGUCCUGCAGCACUCGCGCAGAUGAAAUUGGAGGUUGAGAGUUUGGGGAGAGGAGAGUACGGAGAUCACAGGCAAAGGAGGUCACCGGCUAGGCCGUCUAGUCCUCUCAUGUCUCCGAUGUCGCAUCAGAUGUCAGAGUUCUCGCUCGACAAGUUUCACAAAGAGAACGAUCUGCUGACGGAGCGGUUACUAGCCAUGGAGGAAGAGACCAAGAUGCUUAAAGAAGCGUUGGCGAAGCGUAACAGCGAGCUUCAAGUGUCGAGGAACCUCUGUGCUAAGACAGCAAACAGGCUCCAGACGUUGGAAGCUCAGGUGAUGAGUAAGACUAGUCCAACCAAGAGUGGCUUUGACAUCUUCUCUCACCAAAAUGCUAGUAACCCUCCUAGUAUGGCUUCAAUGUCUGAGGACGGUAACGAAGAUGCUAGAUCUUUGAUGUCUGAGCUCUCUCAAACAAACAAGGAUAAAAACAGCGCGAAGAUGAAGAAGACGGAGAGUGCUAACCAGUUGGAGCUUAUGGACGAUUUUCUAGAAAUGGAGAAGCUAGCUUGUCUACCAAAUAAUGAUUCUGAAGCUGAGGUUUCACCAGCGACGCAGCUGAAGAAAAGAAUCUCCACUUUGCUUCAGUCUCUCCCCAAAGAUGCUGCCUCUGAGAAGAUUUUGGCUGAGGUACAAUGUGCCAUUGAAGAUGCAGGUGGUGCUAAGCUGCCUUCUGAAUGUCAUGAACCAGAAGAAAAGGAUGUAGCCAUGUCAAACGAGACCACUGAGGAGAAAGUGACCACCGUCGAGGUAAUGACACAAGAACUGGCUCAUCCUCUUGCUCAGAUAUACAACUUUGUUACCUACCUUUCGAAAGAAGCAACGCAGUGUCAGGACACAUUCUCCCAAAAGGUUCAAGAGUUCUCUGUCACAUACGACGGAGUCUUGAGCAAGGAGAAGACUCUGGAGGACUUUCUGUUUGAUCUCUCACGUGUUUUAGCAGAAGCUAGCGAUUUGAAAAUCAAUGUGUUGGGAUAUAACGCAUCUGAAGUUGAGAUUCACAGUCCAGAUUGCAUUGAUAAAGUCGCUUUACCGGAGAACAAAGCACUUCUUAGGAAAGAUUCAUCAGGUUGUUCUCAGAGCUCUGACUCCGAGAUUCCGGAUGACUGCAUCGGAACAUCUGGCUAUGACGCCAAGAUCUCAGCAGCAGCUUGUAAGUUUACUUCUGAAGAGUUUGAAGGACUGAAACUCGAGAAAGAAAAAGCGGAGACCAACCUUGCAAGCUGUGAAGCUGAUCUUGAAGCAACUAAGUCAAAACUUCAAGAAACAGAGCAGCUUCUUGCUGAGGUCAGAUCAAGUUUGGAGUCUGCUCGGAAGUCUAAUGGCAUGGCCGAGACUCAGCUCAAAUGCAUGGUGGAAUCGUAUAGAUCUCUUGAAACUAGAUCAGCAGAGCUGGAAAUCGAGCUGAGUUCACUUAAAGGCAAAAUCGAAAACUUAGAAGAUGAGCUUCAUGAAGAAAAGGAGAAUCACCGUGAUGCUUUAACCAAAUGCCAAGAACUCGAGGAGCAGUUACAAAGUGACAAGCAAAAGUGCCCGACUUGUUCAGUAACUGAAGCUGAUCCUAAAACCAAACAGGACAAUGAGCUAGCAGCUGCUGCAGAGAAGCUACAAGAGUGUCAAGAGACUAUACUGCUUCUCGGGAAGCAACUCAAGUCCAUGUGUCCUCCAACAGAACAUGUUGCUUCGUCCACAAGCCAAGAACAAACCGUAAACCAAGAAGAAGACAAGGAAGACGCAACUACAAAUCCUCAAGAGUUCAGAGCGAGCUCGCCGUCAGAAACACCAUCGAUGCCUACAAUGAGAUCUCCGGUAGGGUCAAAACAUAGACACACCAAGUCAAACCCAUUAUCAUCGUCCUCGUCCGGACUUACCCCUGAGAAACACUCUAGAGGAUUCAGCAGGUUCUUCUCCUCCAAAGCAAAGUAAAAUCAAAAGAAAAGAGAGAAAAAAUUAUAAAUCUAACUAUGUUUUAUAUCGUAUCUAUUGCAAUAUAUAUAUACGGUAUUUUUACUAUGUGGGAAUGUUUUUCAACUUUAGUUUUUUUUUUCUUUUUCCUUUCCGUAAUGACAACAGUUUGGUGUUGAAUUCUACGGCGUGUAAAUGUCAAUCUACCCAUCUCUUUGUA